AUGAUGCGCACUGGACUGAUUGGCAUUGAGUCAUACGUGGACGGCACGCUCAUCCGCAGCUGCGGGGAGGACGCAAACCGCCUGCACAAGGAGGCGUUCUCGGCAGGCUUCAAGCAUGUGUUUGGUGUGGACACAACAAUAGACGUUGUGAAGCACCAUGGCGGCACUGAUCCCCUCAUCGCAGUCAAGCAGCGCGGCCGCCGCCCCGCCGCUGUGCUGCAUUCGCCCCGCCGCCGCGCCGCCGCGCCGCCAUUGCAAGCCACUGUCUUCUCGAUCCUAGCGGCGGCGCGCCGACGCCACGCCAUCGUGCAGGCGCUGGAGCGGCUGCCGGAGCUGCAGGCCGCCAUGAUCAAACACUUUGAGGCCCACUCAGACAGGGCUGGCCUGGGGCUCCAGCUCUUACCAGGGGUCAGGGCGCUACUGGAGACGCUGCAGGGGCGGGAUGAUGUGGCGACCUGCCUGGUGACAGGCAACCUGGAGCCCAUCGGCUGGGGCAAGAUGGCGGCGCUGGGGAUCGAGCAGCUCUUUACAGCCCCCCGGUUCGGCGGCUUUGGGAGCGACCACUGCAGCGGCGACACGGAUGAGAUGUGGCGCGACAGAGCGGAGUUCGUGGCGGUCGCGGCGCGGCGCUGCGCGGACGCCUUCCCGGAUGCUGACAUCGCCGCGCACUGGCACGUAGGGGACACCCCCAUGGACGUCCAGGCGGCCCUGGCGUCCGGCGCCGCCGCGCUGGGCGUGGCGACGGGCGUGUUCCCGCUUGAGUCGCUGCGCGCUCUGGGGGCGCCGCCGCGGGUGGUGGUGCUCGAGAGCUUGGAGGACACUGAGGCUGUCAUGGCUGCGCUGGGGCUGUCAUGA